AUGGCUGAGCUGCCCAUCCCAGAUCUGCCCCCGGCUCGCUGCAGCGGCCGCUUCACCAUCAGCACCCUCCUGGGCGUGGAGGAGGGGGGCCGGGGUCCCUACACAGCCACCGAGGGGUCCAGCUGCGACAGCGUCCAGCCCACCCACCUGUCCAGCAGCACCCUCUGCACCAGGACCUUCGGCUACAACACGGUGGAUGAGGUGCCAGCCUACGAACACUAUGCCAACAGCAAGGGGGUGGGCGACCCCAGGAAGGGCAGGCCCUCGCUGGCUGACCUGCACUCCAUCCUCAAGCCUGACCCGGGCCGCCUUCGCACGCCCGUGUCUGACCUGCAGCAGAGCAAUGGCCUGCCAGAGGCUGGGCUGGAGGAGGCAGAAGGGGAGCCAGGCAGAGACUCUGUGCCAGAACCUGUCCGAUUUGGAUGGGUGAAGGGCGUCAUGAUUCGCUGCAUGCUGAACAUUUGGGGAGUUAUCCUCUACUUGCGCUUGCCCUGGAUCACCGCCCAGGCAGGAAUCGCUCUGACAUGGCUCAUCAUCCUCAUGUCCGUGACAGUGACCACCAUAACCGGCUUGUCCAUCUCUGCCAUAUCCACCAAUGGCAAAGUGAAGUCAGGAGGCACCUACUUCCUCAUCUCGCGGAGCCUCGGGCCGGAGCUGGGCGGCUCCAUCGGGCUGAUCUUUGCCUUUGCAAACGCGGUGGCUGUGGCCAUGCACACAGUGGGCUUUGCUGAAACUGUCCGGGACCUGCUGCAGGAGCACAAUUCCCUCAUCGUGGACCCCACCAAUGACAUCCGAAUCAUUGGGGUCAUCACUGUGACGGUGCUGCUGGGCAUCUCCCUGGCUGGCAUGGAAUGGGAGGCCAAGGCACAAAUACUGUUCUUCCUGGUCAUCUUGGUUUCCUUCAUUAACUACCUUGUGGGGACAGUGAUCCCAGCCACUGCUGAGAAGCAAGCAAAGGGCUUCUUCAGCUACCGAGCUGAUAUCUUUGCUCAGAACUUUGUGCCCAACUGGCGUGGACCUGAGGGCUCCUUCUUUGGCUUGUUUUCCAUUUUCUUCCCAUCCGCAACUGGUAUCCUGGCUGGGGCCAACAUUUCAGGUGACCUGAAGGAUCCUGCUGUGGCCAUCCCCAAGGGCACCUUGAUGGCCAUCUUCUGGACCACUGUGUCCUACCUGGUGCUUUCUGCUACCAUUGGUGCCUGUGUGGUCCGAGAUGCCUCAGGCAGCCUGAACGACAGCGUGGCCGUGGGCUCGCCGGGCUGUGAGGGACUGGCCUGCAGCUUUGGCUGGAACUUCACUGCCUGCACCCAACAGCAGAGCUGCCGAUAUGGGCUCAGCAACUACUACCAGAGCAUGAGCAUGGUGUCUGGAUUUGGCCCCCUCAUUACAGCAGGGAUCUUUGGCGCUACCCUCUCCUCAGCAUUGGCCUGCCUUGUCUCAGCCCCCAAAGUCUUCCAGUGUCUCUGCAAGGACCAGCUCUAUCCUCUCAUCGGCUUCUUCGGGAAGGGCUAUGGGAGGAACAGUGAGCCCAUCCGUGGCUACAUGCUCACCUAUGUCAUUGCCAUUGGCUUUAUCCUCAUUGCUGAACUCAAUGCCAUCGCCCCCAUCAUCUCCAACUUCUUCCUCUGCUCCUACGCCCUCAUCAACUUCAGCUGCUUCCAUGCCUCCAUCACCAACUCCCCAGGCUGGCGACCCUCCUUUCGGUAUUACAGCAAGUGGGCUGCGCUCUUUGGAGCUGCUGUCUCAGUGGUGAUCAUGUUCCUGCUGACCUGGUGGGCAGCCCUCAUUGCCUUCGGGAUCGUCAUCUUCCUCCUGGGAUAUGUCCUCUACAAAAAGCCAGAUGUCAACUGGGGUUCCUCCAUGCAAGCCAGCUCCUACAACAUGGCCCUCAACUACUCAGUGGGGCUGAGUGAAGUGGAUGAGCACAUCAAGAACUACAGACCGCAGUGCCUGGUACUGACUGGCCCGCCCAACUUCCGCCCGGCACUGGUGGAUUUUGUGGGGACCUUCACCAAGAACCUCAGCCUGAUGCUCUGCGGCAAUGUGCUGAUUGGACCACGGAAGCAGAAGAUGCCAGAGUCCCGGCUGGUGGCAGACGGCCACACAAAAUGGCUAAUGAAGAGGAAGAUCAAGGCUUUCUACACAGAUGUGGUCGCUGAGGAUUUGAGAAGUGGUGUCCAAAUGCUCAUCCAGGCUGCUGGCCUCGGGAAGAUGCGACCUAACAUCUUAGUGCUGGGCUACAAGAGGAACUGGAGGACGGCAUCUCCACAGAGCCUGGAGGACUACGUGGGCAUCCUGCACGACGCUUUCGAUUUCAAGUACGGCGUGUGCCUAAUGCGGAUGAAGGAAGGGCUGAAUGUUUCCCGAGUGCUGCAGGCACAUGUUAACCCCACGUUUGAGGCAGCAGAGCACCCCGAGAACGGCACUGGCAACAGAGCAGCCCCAGGCACAGGUAAGUUGGACCCUCUUGCCCCAGCAGUGGACCCCACUGCCUUGGCCAGUGAGCAGCAGGCAAGCACCAUCUUCCAGAGCAAGCAGGGCAAGAAGACUAUUGACAUUUACUGGCUCUUUGAUGAUGGAGGUCUCACGCUGCUCAUCCCCUACCUCCUGGGGCGCAAGAAGCGCUGGGGAAAGUGCAAAAUCCGGGUGUUUGUCGGCGGGCAGAUCAACAGGAUGGACGAGGAGAGGAAGGCGAUUGUCUCUCUGCUGAGCAAGUUCCGCCUCGGCUUCCAUGAGGUCCACAUCCUCCCUGACAUCAACCAGAAACCCCGGCCAGAGCACAUCAAGAGAUUUGAUGAACUCAUCGCUCCCUUCAGGCUGAAUGAUGGCUUCAAAGAUGAGGCCACAGUGAACGAGAUGAGACAGGGCUGUCCCUGGAAGAUUUCUGAUGAGGAGGUCGAUAAAAACAGAGCCAAGUCACUCCGACAAGUGAGGUUGAAUGAGAUUUUGCUGGAUUACUCACGGGAUGCAGCACUCAUAGCCAUCACUCCGCCCAUCGGCAGGAAGGGCCGCUGCCCCAGCUCCCUCUACAUGGCCUGGCUCGAGACACUCUCUCAGGACCUGAGACCCCCCAUCAUCCUCACACGAGGAAACCAAGAGAAUGUGUUGACCUUUUACUGCCAAUAAAA